GACCGCGAGACUGCAGAGGCCAUUGUCGGGGCCGGGUGUUCGGCCCUUCCUUGCUCCUUUUUCUUCUUCCUUCCUUCACUUAAAUCCGCUCAAUCUCCACCCAAUUUGAGAACCCACUUACCCCGCCGGCUUUGGCGGAACCUUUGCGAGGCCGGAACCAACGUGCUGUGCGGCGUGGGCGGCCGGAGGACUGUUAUGGUGAAGGACCGCCAAUGCUCUGUGCAGGGUUGGUCGGGACAGUUCCGGCGGGAGAAGGCGGCGGUGAGGUCUUCGUCUGCGGCUCCUGAGAUGCACCGACAGAAUUUUCGCCCCCCGACUCCUCCUUACCCCGGCCCGGGCGUAGGAGGUUGGGGUGGCGGGAGCAGCUUCCGGGGUACCCCGGGCGGAGGCGGAGCGCGGCCGCCCUCCCCUCGGGACGGGUACGGGAGUCCGCACCACACGCCGCCAUACGGGCCCCGGUCUCGGCCCUACGGAAGCAGCCACUCUCCGCGGCCCGGCGGCAGCUUCCCGGGGGGCCGGUUCGGGUCUCCGUCCCCUGGCGGCUACCCUGGCUCCUACUCCAAGUCCCCCGCGGGGUCCCAGCAGCAAUUCGGCUACUCCCCAGGGCAGCAGCAGACCCACCCCCAGGGUUCUCCAAGGACAUCUACACCAUUUGGAUCAGGGCGUGGUAGAGAAAAGAGAAUGUCUAAUGAGUUGGAAAGUUAUUUCAAGCCUUCAAUGCUUGAAGACCCUUGGGCUGGCCUAGAACCAGUGUCUGUAGUGGAUAUUAACCAACAGUACAGCAAUACUCAAACAUGCACAGGCAAAAAAGGAAGAUACUUUUGUUAACAUUUCUGAAAUUCACCUGGAAGCUUCAUGUGUCAGGAACAUCUUGGACAGAACUUACUUGUGUAAUUAACUUGAACCCUAAGAUGGUGACUUUGAACAAUUAGAUUGGCCUUCUUGAUAUUUUUCAUCAUAUCAAGUAUUGUUGGUAUUAGGGAACACAUAUAGUAGGAUAAUUUGCGAUAUUUAGCUCUCUGGAAGUGCCUGCCACAUUUUGGAAGAUUUAUGAUUUCCAAAUAUUUAACAUUCUUGGCUAUAUAAUGGACAUUUGUCUUUUAAUGUUUUUUCAAUGUUUUAAAAUAAAACAUUUUGUCUUUCUAGCUA